AUGGUCACUCCCAACGCUCCCUUUCGGCCCUCGCCGUUAUCCUUCGGCUCGCCUCGUGCUUCGCCCUUUCGUCGACCCUCCACUCCCAACUCGCCUCCCUUGCAGGGCCGUCCAGUGACCCCGGGCAGCUCGCCCGGUAGAUAUACGCCCAUUCAGUCUCCCAGCAAGCUCAAUCAGUCAUAUACCGUCGAGAAUGAAGAUGUGUCGCCCCGAAACAGAGACCCGAUCCCACAGCCGCGGUUUUCGCGCGAACCGCCCUCAUCGCCCACGAGGGGAGCGAAUUCCCCCGAUACGUCGCCGCUCAUAGGUACCAAGACGACCAACAUGAUGGCCGCCUCGUCCGACGCAGCGGCCCAGUUAACUCCGGCGCAAUUGCGAGAGAUCCGCGAAGCGUUUCAGGUCCUCGACCGCGACAACGACGGUUCGGUGGAUAAGGAGGACGUGGCUGAUGUGCUGGUUAACAUCGGCCAGGACGCUUCGAUGACAUCCCGAUUCUUUCCUCCCGGAGGACCCCAAACGAUCAAUUUCCCCACGUUCUUAAAUAUCCUAUCGAGCUUGCUCGCCCCGCUCUCGUCCCGACAGGAGCUGUUGAAUGGACUGGCUGCCUUUGACGAAGACGACAGCGGCCAGAUCGACGUCGCGGAGCUGCGGGAUGCGCUUCUCCGCACGGCCCCGGAGGCAGGGGAAGCACCUUUAACCGAACGCGAAAUCAACGAGGUGCUAAAUGGAUUUACCGGUCGCCGAGUCUUCGGGGGGAAGAGUGGACCGAUGGGAGGCAAGCGAGGGGAGGUGUUUCGGUACCAGGAAUUUGUUGACGGCGUGAUGGGAGGGACCGAGAAUGCCCGACGAGAGACAUGA